AUGGAUUACAAGGAACAACAAACACAAGAGAUCGAAGCUCUCCAAGCUAUUUAUCAAGAAGACGAGCUGGAAGUUACUUGCGACCAGUAUCCGAAUAUUUCCUUGCGUGUGAAUUUGAAAUCAAACCAGAAUGAGUGUGCUUGCGAUUUCGAUGUCGCCCUAGUCAUGCAAUUACCAGAAACUUAUCCGGAUGUCAUUCCACGAAUAUCUUUAGAGGGACUUGAAGAAAUUUCACCCGAGGACGUACGCAGGCAUGUCAGUUCUGCCGUAUGUGCUUGCAAUGAAAGCGUAGAGCUGAAGGGAACUCCCGUGACACCAGAAUCUUUCCGAGCUUGGAAGGAGAGGUUUGAUAAGGAACGAAGGGCACUUGUUGAGAAAAAAGAAAAGGAACGUGAAGCGGCGUUAGCUGGUAAAUUGACGGGGCGGCAGUUAUUCUUGAAGGACGCCACCCUAAAUCUUUCCGAUGUGGCGCUGAUCGAGCAAAGUGUGGAGAUAGACGAAUCAUUGUUCGAUGAGGAAAUCGAUGGACUCGAUAUUGACUCGGAUGAGGACUAG